UGAAUAAAUCUGCAGUCGGGUUCACACCUUGUUAACCACGCCAUUAGUAUCCCUUUAUAUUCGCUGAUUGGUGAUUUACAUUUGCGACCAAAUAGCAUCUUUACUACUGUUUACCGAGGCCAGGGGGACACUAUAAACGGGGCCUGAGUAUUUGAUAUAUAAAGUCGACCUUCCAGGGACCAGCACUCACUCCAAUUCCCAGUUCCUGGCUGGUUCGGAUGCAGCUGCAAACCAUGUCCGAGAUGCUCCUCUUCGUUCUCAGCGUCGCCUCUCUAUUGUGCAGGUCUGCCGGGAGGCCCUCCGUCAACUAUUUGGAGAACCACUUCGAGACGGAAGAGGUUCGCUCCGAAGCCAUCAAGAGGCUUUUGGAAGUUUUUGGAAUGGAGGACCCCCCUCAUGCUCGGGGCCACAAACAAGCGCCCCAAUAUAUGCUCGAUUUGUACAAUACAGUGGCAGAUGUGGACGGCGUUACCAAGGACCCUUAUCUUUUGGAAGGAAAUACCGUGCGCAGUUUCUUUGACAAAUUGCGCAGUGAACAAGAAUACAGGUUCAAUCUGUCCAACGUGGCCAGAACCGAGAAGGUCCUGACUGCUGAGCUGCAUCUUUUCAAGUUGCGCCCUCAGUCAACCGUUGCAUUCAACAGACAUCAUUUCUGCCAGGUCAGCGUCUAUCAGGUGCUUGAUAUCACGAAAAAGAACAUCACGCAGGACAGAAAGCUGCUGUCCUCUCGACUCAUCCCCAUCCACUCAAGCGGCUGGGAAGUGUUCACCAUCACCCAAGCUGUGCGCUCCUGGAUGGUGGACGAGGGCAACAACCAGGGUCUCCAGGUAGUAGUGAAGACCCUGGGCGGCAGCCAGGUAGACAUGAAGCUGGUGCGCUUCGCCUCCGGACGCAACCACCACCAGAGCAAGCAGCCCAUGCUGGUGGUGUUCACCGACGACGGCCGGCGCUCCGCCACGCUUGAGGGAAAAGGUAGGCAACAUCCCAUGGACACGCCCCAGCUGCCCCACAUACCCAUGGCGGCGGGCCCCCCGGCCUCCCGCAGCGCCCGGUCCCUGGACUACGGCGACGAGGACCCCGGCAGCGCGGCGGCGGCGGCGGCCUGCCAGCGCCUGCCCCUCUACGUGGACUUCGAGGAGAUCGGCUGGUCGAGCUGGAUCGUGUCGCCGCGCGGCUACAACGCCUACCACUGCAAGGGCUCCUGCCCCUUCCCGCUGGGGCAGAACAUGAGGCCCAGCAACCACGCCACGGUGCAGUCCAUCAUCAAUGCCCUGAAGCUCACGCGGGGCAUCGAGACGCCGUGCUGCGUGCCCGACAAGCUUUUCUCCAUCAACCUGCUGUACUUUGACGACGAGGAGAACGUGGUGCUCAAGCAGUACGACGACAUGGUGGCAGGGAGCUGUGGCUGCCACUGA